GGACAUCAGGAACAUGAAGUAUAGCGACAUGGUGUGGGUGGCUGCCAACGCGGUGGUGGUUUUAAGUCGAACCUAUCACUUGAUUGAAGCAUAGCCAGCUUUAAUAGCAGGAAUGCUUUUGAGGAAACGAUUGAAAUAGUGCCUUACCGAUUUCCUGUACGAGAAUAUUUUGAAAGAAAGAAUGACUGAGCUGUCGAUGUAGAUGGUCAACGUAAAAGCUCUUAUAGCUUGCUAGCUUACCAAUUUGCCUUCGUUAUUUCCCUCGUUCGGUCAGUUUCGCUCUCAGAUCUAUUAGACAUUUCAUCUAGCUUGCAUUUUCUUGCCAAAAUAAACAUUGCAAUGAAGAGAGCGAAUAGCUUUCAGAGGUUCAUGAACAGCAGAGCUGCAGCAAACUGCCGAUAUCAGCCCACCUGCUAUGAGCAUGCUGCUAACUGCUACACACACGCGUUUCUCAUUGUCCCAGCAUUCGUUGGGAUGGCCUUGCUGCACCGUCUCUCCGACGACCGCUGGGAGAAGAUCACAGCCUGGGUGUAUGGCAUGGGCCUGUGUGCGCUCUUCUUGGUCUCCACCGUCUUUCACAUCAUCUCAUGGAAGAAGAGCCACAUGAGGUCGAUGGAGCACUGUUUCCACAUGUGUGACCGCGUAGUUAUCUACUUCUUCAUCGCUGCCUCCUACACACCCUGGCUGAAUCUGCGUGAGCUGGGCCCUAUGGCAAGUCACAUGAGGUGGUUUGUGUGGUUGAUGGCCGCCGCAGGGACUAUUUACGUGUUCAACUAUCAUGAGAAGUAUAAACUGGUUGAACUGGCCUUUUACCUAACUAUGGGAUUCUUUCCUGCUUUGGUUGUGACCUCAAUGAGCAACACAGAGGGUCUGUCUGAGCUGGCUUGCGGUGGCCUCAUCUACUGCCUGGGGGUGUUCUUCUUCAAAUCGGACGGGGUGAUACCAUUCGCCCAUGCCAUCUGGCACGUGUUUGUGGCACUGGCUGCAGCCGUGCACUACUACGCCAUCUGGAAAUACCUCUACAGGACCCCCGGGCCAGACGAAAUCAGGGAGGCCUAACGGCCCGUCACUCGUCUCUGCCUCGAUCUCCUCUCCCUUCUCCUCUUUUCCCUUCUUUCUUCUCUCGUCUCUCUUCUUAUUCUUUUUUUCUUUCUCCAUUUCUUUCUUAUUUUCCUUCCCCCUCUUUCUUCUCUCUCUCUCUCUCUCUCUCUCUCAUCCCCUCCUCCUGAUCCUCUCUGCCCUCACCUCUCUAUGGCCUCUUCUGCUCCUGCUUCUGCACCUCCUCCUGUUCUCCACUCACUAGCAGGCAGAUCAUGACCACACACACCCACACAUACCCCCCCCCCCCCACACACACACACACACACACACGCACACAAGACUCUGCUCCUCUCCACUGGGCCAGACUGCAGAAGAGAACAAAAUGGACAGAAAACAACAACAACAGCAAAAGUUUACGAGUACAACUGUGUAUUGUUUACCAUUUUUGAAGCAACUGGAUAACAGCACUCACACAUUUCAGCCAUUGAGAGGAUCACAUUUCUUUCCGUUUUUGAGUUCUAAAGCUCAUGUCUGUCUCGGUAUGAGAAGGAGAGGAAACUCUCCUUUUCUGCUUUGAAAAUGCUCAGUCCUACUUGGGAAACGGCAGUAUAUAGUCCAUGUUCUUUGAAGCUCUUUGAUAUCACACCUUUCUAUUACAAAACAUUCCACGGCAAAUGUCACCCACAGGGAUUUUUAUCAAGCAUUUUCUAGUCCUCACUCAAGACCAACACUGGAGGUUUGGUCAUGAGCUCAUGUCAUUCUAGCAGUCAUGCUUCUAUCCACACAAUACAUAUCCACUGAGGAUCACUCACUUCAACAUUUGGCUCUUUGGUGCGGUUUUUGUACGGUGGUGUUGUCUGUACUAUGGAGCAGUAUUUGAAAGUGCUGACUUUCAUAUUUUUUUCCAAGGCGCUUUUGUAACGCGAAGAACCACUUAUAUUUGAUAUCUUUGACUUUUGUUGAGUAACUCUCGCCGGUGAGCAGCUUGUAAUGUUUCAAAGGCCCCAGAGUAAUCGUGUUGAAUGUGAUGAUGAUGAUUUUCUUUUUCUUUUCUUUUUUUCUUUUGUUACUCUAACCGAUAUCGGAAUGCUAUCAUUCAGUGACUGUGCCCUGUGAUGCUUUUUUUGUCAUCAUUGAAGCUGAUCAAAAAGUGUAAAUUUUCUUAUUGUUAGCGUUUCGACAUUUACACUAAUCAGUGAUCAAACGUUUGCUGCCACUCCCCCAUUAUUUAUGCUUUUUGUCAGUACAUACUCACCACUCAGCUGAGAAAUGUAUGCUUAAGAGUCAUGGCUACGCAGAGCUCAGUGCUUUUAAAACCCAGACCUCAUCCAAGAACAGACUUGCUUGGCUUGCGUAUGACUCACGAUGAAGUCUCAUGUGGAAGCAGAAUUAAAUGUAGAAGAAAGGACUUGGAAUGAGAGAACCAUAUUCAGCACUGUAUCAUCUGCCUAUUUGUUUUCAGCUGAAUAGAAAAGAAAUGUUUUCCGUCGACCCACGUGAUCAUACUGUGCUGUGCUGUGCUGGACUCUUAAGGACUCCUAUCUGCAGUAUGGGAUUCAUCAGCCAUGCUGUGAGGAGAACUGAAUCACCAGAUGUGGCCAGUGUUCUCGAAUAUCACAUAGUUUUAACUUACCCUUAAACGCGGAAGGUACACAUCCAGAUUCUGGUAUUUCUGACCGGAUCUUCGUGCUGUACCUACACGUCGUGUGGCUAGUGUGAUUAAUACUCAGUGUUUUAAACUGCAUGGUGGUCGGUAAAUGUGUGCUUUUAUCUGGUUUCACUCUUCUUUUUUCUUCUUCUGUGAAUAUGUGAGAACCACAAGGGUUGAUGAUGCUAAUUUUGAUAAAUGUGAGUAUUCAAAGCACCCAAUUCCCAGUUUUGUAAUAUUUGUACAUUCUGUUUUGGCACAUAAUUCUGUACUGGCCUUUUGAAAAACAAAAAAGUAAAAAAAAAAAAAAAAAGAUCUUCUAAUGCUACUUCUCUAUUUUAAGUAACCUUCUGGUGUUCUGGUGCUGUACAUAAACAUUUGUGUCUGAUUCUUAAAAGAUUUCAUAUGUGUUAAUACAAAAAAUAAAGCCUUGUUUGACAUUA